AAAAAAGUUACCAACGAAUACGGACGUGUGUGGGUGGUGCUCCUCCGCGCGAACGUGAAUCUUAUCAACACAACAAUUAAAAAUACGAAAAUUUGCAGUUUUUUGGAAAACUAUACAAUUUAUUAAUAAUAAUUCAUACCGUUUAAGCCCUUGCUUUGUUAAUUGUCUGCAAUCAAAACAACCAAAAAUCACGACCACGAAAAAAAAAUCAGUUAAAGACGUUGCCAACGUUUCGCACGCGUACAAUUACAGUUAACAAAAUAAAAAACAACAAUUAAUAAACCACAAUAUUUGUGCGGAAAAUGGUACUUGAGCUGAGUGAAAGUGCCAGGAAAUUAUAAAAAAUAAUAGGAAAUCGGGCGAUUUUAAGCAAUAUUUUUGUGCAACUACCUGUUCUGCAACAAAUACAACUACAAAUACAUACAAAAUCGACAACAACAACAAAUACUAGCGAGCAUCUAACUGUUGCGCUCUGCCGGCUCUCUUCGUGUCUCUCUCCCCCGCGUCUGCGUCUGUGUCGCGUGUGUGGGUGUGUGUGUGCUGUUGUUCAAUUGCUAUUGUUGUUGUUGUGGCUUUUCGCCAAGUGCAAUUAUUCGUUUCUUUUGUUUUUUUUAAACAAAUUAAUGUCCCGCUAAACGUUUUGGAAGUCGUCUCUGCGCACCGCUGCUCCAAUUGGAUAUACGCAAAUAUAUAUUUUAACAGUCUAUACAGUAAUUCUUCCCCGCAAUGGCCCCAAUGCCUCGAAUUCAACUGCCCAAUGGCAAUGCAUCUAUAAAGGCCAAUACAAAUAAUUUCCUUUAUGCCGAAACAAUGUCUGGAGAUAGUAGCCCCACACCCAGCAGUCCACCUUCCAGCACAGCGGGCGUGGCCAAGUCCCAGUGUUCAUCGCUCUCCGAUGGCGAAUCCUUCGAGGGUUAUGGCGAAAAUGAGUAUUCCACCCAACUGCGCGAAGGUCGAGCCUCCAAUAACAAUAGCAAUAACAACAAUAGCAACGUCAUUAACAAUAACAACAAUAGCCUGAACGCAGGCAAUACGAGUUCCCUGCACAACCACAGUGGACACUCGAAUGAUGGGAAUAAUAAUUUAAAUGGAAGCACAGGAAUCGAAUUGGAUUUGGCACCACAUGUGGGGGCAUCAACACCACAAGAUGAUGACGAACUGAACAUAAUGCCCCGAGACAAUUGGGCCCGGCGCAGCUUGAGGCGAACUCCCACCAGCAAUUCUGAUAGUUUAUCCCAGCGUCGUUGGGGAUCCAUGAGACAUUCCGGCCGCAGACAGAUUAGUUCAAAUGCCUUAGCCAGCCAACUCUAUAGAUCAUCGAGCUUCAACUCAUCGGGCCGUAGCUCCAACUGUGAUACAACCGAAGACAUGUACAGCGAUAUAAGCUUGGAGAAUCGUCAUGACUACGAUUAUAGGCUGGAAUUGCUGCAGCGCAAGGUUGAGGAUCUAUCGGAUACACAGAAUAUAGCCGAGGAUCGGACAACACGCACCAAAACCGAAUAUGCAGUGCUCCAGGCGCGAUAUCAUAUGCUGGAAGAGCAGUACCGGGAGUCCGAGCUGCGUGCCGAGGAGCGUUUGGCCGAGGAACAGAAGCGUCAUCGCGAGAUCCUGGCCCGCGUGGAGCGUGAAGCCUCGCUGCAGGAUGAAAACUGUCAAAUGAAGAUCCGUGCCACUGAAAUCGAGGCUGUAGCUUUGCGUGAGGAGGCCGCCCGACUGCGUGUCCUGUGCGACAAGCAGGCCAAUGAUCUCCACCGCACCGAGGAACAGCUAGAGCUGGCCCGCGAUCAGAUUGCCUCCCUGCAGCAGGAGCAUGAGGAGCAGGCCUUGGCGUUGCGUCAAAACGAGUUGGCCAAGAAGUCAGCCGAAGAGCUAAUGCUGGAGCUGAGCCGAGAGCUGCAAAAGGCACGCGAGGAGAGCGGAGCUAGGGCAAUGCCUACAACCUCGCCGGAGAGCAUAAGACUGGAGGAGCUGCAUCAGGAGCUGGAGGAGAUGCGCCAGAAGAAUCGAACCCUUGAAGAGCAAAACGAGGAGCUGCAGGCCACAAUGCUCAGCAACCAGGCCACCAUGCUGACCAAUGGCGUGGAGCAGGGUCGCCAUUUGCUUAAUGGAACCCUCAAUAGUUUGGCCCAGGAACUGGAGGAGAUGUCACAAGCCCAGGAUUCUGUGGAUUCAGCCACAUUAGCAUCCUUAAGUCAGCUGCAACAGGCCUUCCAGGAAAAAGAGGAUGAAAAUGUUCGGCUAAAGCAUUAUAUCGAUACAAUCCUACUCAAUAUCGUGGAGAACUAUCCUCAGCUGCUGGAGGUCAAACCCAUGGAAAGGAAGUGAGCGUUAGGAGCAACCCCAAUGCCACCUUACCACCUAACACUAAACACUAAACACUAAACUAACUAAAUAAUACCUUUAUGUUAACUUUUUAAGCUAAACUUUAUAUAUAUAUACAUGUAUUUAUGCCUUACAUUUAAGAAGUAAUUUAUUUUAUAACAAAAAUUAUUGUACUCUUUUUUAAAAAACCAAAACAGAACAACACUGAAAGAGAACACAAAGAUUGUAUGUCAAAAAGAAGAAGAUCCUUAAAUGUUUUGUAAAAAGUGAGAGAGCCUGAAAUUCUGUAAAAUGUAUAACUUGAGUCUUGUAUAGUGAGUGUUAACCAUAAAUCUUGUUAGUUUAUAAGUCUUAAAUGCAUGUUUAUUCUUUACACAACAAAAAAACUAACUAAAAAUGGAGACCCAUUAUUUUAUCUCUGAUUGAAAUUGAAGAACUUUUAUGAAGUGUUAAUGUUUGUUAGGAGUUUAAUUCCAAUUUUGUUGAUUUAGAGCAGCUGAGAAGGUUUUUAACUGGAGUUUUUUACAUAUUUUUAAAAGUUUAAAUGAUAUUUUAACACAUUUUUGAAGUUUCACUUGAAAAAUCUUCUUAAGUUUGCCCCUAAAGUAGUUAUCAGAAAAAAAGAUUGAUCGAAGAAAAAUUUGCGUUUAUGGUAUGGACAAUCCCAGGAUAUGCAGUCGGUGUUUUAGUUUAAAGUGGAUCUUACAUAUACUAUAUAUACUAUAUAUUUAAAACAUAACUCUCAAAACAUAUGUCAAUGUAUAGCACAGCAGUUGAAACUUAAACAUACUCUGAAUAUAUAUAUUUAUAAAUAACUGAACAUUAAAAGGACGUAAUGUGCAAACAUUUAGGGAUCCAAGGUCUCUUUUGUUUUGAAAAUGCGAUCCCUAAUAGUCUAACUCCAGCGGUCAACCCUAAACUAUAGCUAAAAUAUAUAUAUAUGUUAGUAACCCAGCAAAGUUAAGAUUCAAAAAGAAAACAUUAAUCAAAAUUUGAUUGCCUUAAACAAAGGUUUUUAAAGUGUUUUAAGGCCUAGUUAAACACUUAAUAUAGAAAAGAAGUCCAUAAAUUUUAAUGACAUACUAAGUAAAUGUGAAAAAUAACAUGGAAUUUUUAAAAUUAAUUUACAAUACGCAAAACUUAUGUCAAAAUAAAAACGGAUAAAUAUUUUAUAAAAAAUUAA